CAUAGAGCCGAGAGAUUAUUACUCUCUAAUGACAUUGCCCUCGCAAAAGUUCUUUUUACUCUUAGAUUUUAGAUCUCCCUCUCUCUUUGUCCCGGAGAACGAAAUUUAUUCUUUUGGAGGGUUCGCAUCUUCUGCGAUCUCUUCCCGAUUGCAAUAAACCACUCACAUUUUCAACGUCUUUCGGCGACUUCCACUUGAUUUGCAGGCAGGUAGCUCCGCUUUCGCUACUGCCAUGGCGGCCGCUAACGCUCCGAUCACCAUGAAGGAGGCUGUCACGCUAUCAAGCGUUGGGGUUAAUCCACAGUUCAUCACAUUUACGAAUGUCACUAUGGAAUCCGACAAGUUCAUCUGCGUGAGGGAGACUUCACCUCAAAACAGUGUGGUGAUAAUAGACAUGAACAUGCCAAUGCAGCCUCUAAGAAGGCCUAUUACAGCAGAUUCAGCUCUUAUGAAUCCUAAUUCGAGAAUUUUGGCUUUGAAAGCUCAAGUCUCAGGAACCAGUCAAGAUCAUUUACAAAUAUUUAAUAUUGAGGCAAAACAAAAAAUUAAGUCACACCAGAUGCCUGAAAUGGUUGCUUUCUGGAAAUGGAUUACACCAAAGCUGCUAGGUCUAGUCACCCAAACCUCUGUUUAUCAUUGGCAUAUUGAAGGUGAUUCCGAGCCAGUAAAGAUGUUUGAUAGAACAGCAAAUUUGACAAACAACCAAAUAAUCAAUUACAGAUGUGAUCCUACAGAGAAAUGGUUGGUCCUGAUUGGGAUUGCCCCAGGAUCACCAGAGAGGCCUCAGCUCGUCAAAGGGAACAUGCAACUAUUCUCAGUGGAUCAGCAACGCAGUCAAGCUCUUGAAUCUCAUGCUGCGGCAUUUGCCACAUUUAGAGUCACAGGAAAUGACAAGGACUCUAUUCUGAUCGCUUUUGCAACAAAAAGCUCAAAUGCUGGUCAGAUUACAUCAAAGUUGCAUGUCAUUGAGCUUGGAGCCCAACCAGGAAAACCGUCCUUCACAAAGAAACAGGCUGACCUUUUCUUUCCUCCUGACUUUGCUGAUGAUUUCCCAGUCGCAAUGCAGAUAUCACAGAAAUACAGUUUAAUUUAUGUGAUUACAAAGCUUGGACUUUUAUUUGUUUAUGAUCUUGAAACUGCUACUGCGGUAUACAGAAAUAGGAUCAGCCCAGACCCUAUUUUUUUGACGGCAGAAGCUUCUUCUGUGGGGGGUUUCUAUGCUAUCAACAGGCGAGGCCAAGUGUUGCUUGCCACAGUAAAUGAAUUAACACUUGUGCCCUUUGUUAGUGGCCAAUUGAAUAAUCUGGAGCUUGCUGUUAAUCUCGCCAAGAGAGGAAACCUUCCUGGUGCUGAGAAUUUGGUUGUUCAGCGUUUCCAAGAGUUAUUUGCUCAGGCUAAGUACAAAGAUGCGGCUGAGCUUGCUGCAGAAUCUCCUCAAGGCAUCCUUCGCACUUCUGACACCGUUUCCAAAUUCCAGAGUGUUCCCGUUCAAGCAGGACAAACUCCACCACUGCUUCAGUACUUUGGGACACUUUUAACUAGAGGAAAACUCAAUGCCUUUGAGUCAUUGGAACUUUCACGCCUUGUUGUCAACCAGAACAAAAAGAACCUCUUGGAGAACUGGUUGGCAGAAGAUAAGCUGGAGUGCAGUGAGGAACUUGGGGACUUAGUGAAGACUGUGGAUAAUGACCUGGCGUUGAAAAUAUACAUCAAAGCAAGAGCAACUCCAAAAGUUGUUGCAGCUUUCGCCGAGCGCCGGGAGUUUGACAAGAUUUUGAUAUACUCUAAACAGGUUGGAUAUACACCUGACUAUCUUUUCCUUCUGCAAACAAUUCUCAGAUCGGAUCCACAGGGAGCUGUAAAUUUUGCCCUCAUGAUGUCUCAAAUGGAGGGAGGUUGUCCUGUUGAUUACAACACAAUAACUGAUCUGUUUCUUCAGAGGAACCUGAUCCGUGAGGCUACAGCAUUUUUACUGGAUGUUCUAAAACCAAACCUUCCAGAGCAUGGUUAUCUGCAAACAAAGGUGUUAGAGAUUAAUCUUGUCACUUUUCCAAACGUGGCUGAUGCAAUUUUAGCAAAUGGAAUGUUUAGCCAUUAUGAUCGUCCUCGAAUUGCUCAACUUUGUGAAAAAGCUGGUCUUUAUGUGCAAGCAUUGAAGCACUACACUGAACUCCCUGAUAUUAAGCGUGUCAUUGUGAAUACUCAUGCAAUUGAGCCUCAGGCUCUUGUUGAAUUUUUUGGGACACUAUCACGUGAGUGGGCAUUAGAGUGCAUGAAAGACCUUUUGUUGAUCAAUCUUAAAGGAAACCUUCAGAUAAUUGUCCAGGUUGCAAAAGAAUACUCUGAGCAGUUGGGUCUUGAAGCAUGCAUAAAACUUUUUGAGCAAUUCAAGUCAUAUGAUGGAUUAUACUUCUUCCUAGGUUCAUACUUGAGUUCAAGGCAUGAUCCUGAAAUUCACUAUAAGUACAUUGAGGCAGCUGCUAAGACUGGACAAAUUAAGGAAGUCGAACGUGUAACAAGAGAGUCCAACUUCUAUGACCCCGAGAAAACAAAGAACUUUUUGAUGGAUGCCAAACUUCCUGAUGCUAGGCCUCUGAUUAAUGUAUGUGACCGCUUUGGUUUUGUUCCAGACCUCACUCACUACUUGUACACAAACAACAUGCUUAGGUACAUUGAAGGUUACGUCCAAAAGGUUAAUCCAGGGAAUGCUCCUUUAGUGGUUGGGCAGCUUCUGGAUGAUGAGUGCCCUGAAGAUUUCAUUAAAGGAUUGAUCCUAUCUGUCCGUUCUCUGCUUCCAGUUGAGCCCUUGGUUGAUGAAUGUGAGAAAAGGAACCGGCUUCGAUUGCUUACUCAAUUUUUGGAGCAUCUUGUGAGUGAAGGAAGUCAAGACGUGCAUGUCCACAAUGCUCUGGGUAAAAUCAUAAUUGACAGCAACAACAACCCAGAGCACUUCCUAACAACCAACCCAUAUUAUGAUUCACGUGUUGUGGGUAAAUAUUGUGAGAAACGUGAUCCCACCCUUGCUGUUGUUGCAUAUAGGCGAGGGCAGUGUGAUGAUGAGCUUAUCCAUGUGACUAGCAAAAAUUCUUUGUUCAAGCUUCAGGCCAGGUAUGUAGUAGAAAGGAUGGAUGGUGAUCUUUGGGAGAAGGUUCUGAACCCUGAAAAUGAAUUCAGAAGGCAACUUAUUGAUCAAGUUGUAUCUACUGCUCUGCCUGAAAGCAAGAGUCCAGAACAAGUGUCAGCAGCAGUUAAAGCAUUCAUGACUGCUGAUCUCCCACAUGAGUUGAUUGAGCUUCUUGAAAAGAUAGUACUCCAAAACUCUGCUUUCAGCGGGAACUUCAAUUUGCAGAAUUUGCUUAUCUUGACUGCCAUUAAGGCAGACCCCUCUAGGGUUAUGGACUACGUAAACAGGCUCGAUAACUUCGAUGGCCCUGCAGUUGGAGAAGUGGCUGUUGAUGCCCAACUGUAUGAAGAAGCUUUUGCAAUCUUCAAAAAGUUUAACUUGAACGUCCAGGCUGUCAAUGUUCUUCUAGAUCAUGUUCGAGACAUUAAUCGGGCUGUAGAGUUUGCAUUCCGUGUUGAAGAAGAUGCAGUGUGGAGCCAGGUGGCCAAAGCUCAACUUAGAGAAGGAUUGAUUAGUGAUGCCAUUGAGUCAUUCAUUCGUGCAGAGGAUGCCACAAAAUUCCUGGAAGUUAUCCUUGCUGCUCAGGAUGCGGAUGUUUACCAUGACUUGGUUAAGUAUCUGUUAAUGGUUAGGCAGAAAACAAAGGAACCAAAGGUUGACAGUGAGCUUAUCUUUGCAUAUGCCAAGAUUGACAGGCUGGGUGAGAUUGAAGAAUUUAUUCUCAUGCCCAAUGUUGCUAAUCUGCCAAAUGUCGGCGAUCGGUUGUUUGAAGAAGGUUUAUAUGAAGCUGCAAAGAUAAUAUUUGCAUUUAUUUCUAACUGGGGAAAAUUGGCAAGCACACUUGUAAGGUUGAAGCAGUUUCAAGGUGCCGUUGAUGCUGCUCGUAAAGCGAAUAGUGCAAAGACAUGGAAAGAUGUCUGCUUUGCUUGUGUGGAUGCAGAGGAGUUCCGCUUGGCUCAGAUUUGCGGCCUAAACAUUAUUGUGCAGGUGGAUGACCUAGAAGAAGUUAGUGAGUUCUAUCAAAACCGGGGAUGCUUCAAUGAAUUAAUCUCUCUUAUGGAGAGCGGGCUAGGAUUGGAGCGUGCACAUAUGGGUAUCUUCACUGAGCUUGGUGUAUUAUAUGCCAGAUACCGGCACGAGAAGUUGAUGGAACACAUCAAGCUGUUCUCAAGUCGUCUUAACAUUCCUAAACUUAUCAGAGCAUGUGAUGAGCAGCAGCACUGGAAGGAGCUUACAUAUCUGUACAUCCAAUAUGAUGAAUUUGAUAAUGCUGCGACCACUGUCAUGAACCAUUCCCCAGAUGCUUGGGAUCACAUGCAGUUCAAGGACAUUGUCGUCAAAGUUGCGAACGUAGAGCUGUAUUACAAGGCAGUUCACUUCUAUUUGCAAGAACAUCCCGAUCUGAUUAAUGAUCUACUAAAUGUUCUUGCCCUAAAGGUUGAUCACACACGAGUGGUGGACAUUCUUAGAAAGGCUGGUCACUUGCGUCUGGUGAAGCCAUAUAUGGUUGCUGUUCAGAGCAAUAAUGUGUCUGCUGUUAAUGAGGCUCUUAAUGAGAUAUAUGUAGAGGAGGAAGACUAUGAGAGACUGCGAGAAUCUAUUGAAUUACAUGACAGCUUUGAUCAAAUUGGCCUUGCACAGAAGAUUGAGAAACAUGAGCUUCUUGAGAUGAGGCGUGUUGCUGCUUCUAUAUACAAGAAAGCAGGUCGGUGGAAGCAAUCCAUUGCUCUAUCCAAGAAAGAUAAUCUAUACAAAGAUGCUAUGGAGACUGCCUCACAAUCUGGUGAUCGUGAACUUGCUGAGGAGUUGCUUGUUUAUUUCAUUGAACAGGGAAAGAAGGAAUGCUUUGCCUCGUGCCUUUUCGUGUGUUAUGACUUGAUCCGCCCAGAUGUUGUUCUCGAGCUUGCAUGGGUCAAUAAAAUGUUAGACUUUGCCUUCCCUUAUCUUUUGCAGUUCAUCCGUGAGUAUACCGGCAAAGUUGAUGAACUAAUCAAAGAUAAAAUUGAGGCUCAAAAGGAAGCAAAGGCAAAACAAAAUGAAGAAAGUGACAUUAUGAAGCAGCAGAAUAUGUAUGCUCAGCUACUGCCGCUUGCCUUACCUGCGCCACCUAUGCCAGGAAUGAAUUAUGGUCCACCACCACCACAGAUGGGUGGUAGUAUGGGAAUGCCACCUCCGUUUGGCAUGCCACCCAUGGGUUCAUACUAAACCCGCAGGCAUGAUGCAAAUUGUAUAACAAAAUUACAAGGAUGGAGUUGGAAGCCACUUCCUGGGAUUUUUUCACCUUUUCCAGAAUUAUAUAUUUCCUGCAUGUAGUCUGUUUGGAUAAGUUGGGGGCUAGUUUUAAAAAUAAUCACUGGCUUGUGCUAUAGGGUGGUGUUGAUAUAUAUAUUUUGUAAUAUUCAUUUAGAAGGCAUUUUUUUUGCAGUUAGGACUACAACAAACUGAGGAUGUGGUGUCUUUUAUCCUUUACUGAUUCUUAGCCCCAACUUUGUACUUCGAUAAUCCUGAUGUGGAUUUUUCCCAUUUACUCAUUGAGUCCUUUGCUCGAGUUUUUUUUUUGUAUUCGUCGAGUUUUUUUUUGUAUUCAUCAAGUUUUUUUUAUAUAACGUCUCUUUUGUUGCAUGCCGUGAAUGUUUGAUUUUUAUAUAUUCUCC